AUGACCCCUCGAGACCCUGUAUACCCAGCUUCCAACUCGGCCCUGGACGACUUUCCGGUCCACGCAUACACCAACUCGCACUCCCACGCCUCCGCCUCCGCAUCGCCUCACGUCAUGCAGUCCUACUCGCAUCUCUACGAACCCAUCAACCACUCCUCCGCCUCCACCUCGCCCCAUCCUUCCUCACCCGGUGGCAUCAACAUCCCUUACGCCGGCUCGCCUUCCUCCACCUCCAUCCCGCACAACCUCUCCUCCUUUGGCGCAUUCUACAUCCAACAUCCAGCAGCCACCACGCCCACCCAGCCCAACCAUGCUUCCGGCAGCACCCAUCAUCACCACCACCACCUCGACUCCUACGCCAGCUCCGCCAACACCCCGCAUCAGCACCUCUCGCCCAGCGCAGAUCACCACUCCUCUUCCAGCGCUUCCGUAGCCGCCUUCUCCAAUAGCGGUCGUCUCAGCUGGGCAAACUCGCCCGCAGACUCCUACCACGGCGUGCCCUCCAACGCAACCACACACAGCAGCGGCGCAGAGAGCCACUCGAGCUUUGCCAACCACAAAUAUCCGUGGGACCUCAACUCGACAUCCCUCCGCUCCGACGCUCCGCCGCACAUUGGCUCGCCCUACUCGGCAUCCGAUCUGCUCCAUCCCGCCACCGCCAGCGCCCUCGGCUUGGAUGACGAUUCGGGCUCCGGUGGAAACGUCCGUCCCCGCGCACGAAAGCGCACACGCGCCGAAGAAGAGCCGCGCUCCCGUCUCUCCUCGUCUAGCCGCAGCCGCACCCGUCCGCGCAUCCCGAGCGCACUCUCCAACGCAAACAGCCCCGCAAGCGACUUCCACCACUCCAUAUCCUCCUACCACCCCGAUCCCGAGGACACCGACAUCACCGCAUGGAUCAACGCAGGCGACGCAGAAGACUUUGGCGCAUCCCACGUCGGCGCCGCAGAUCACUCGCGUCUCUGGUCCUCCUUCGGCCCAGGCAUCACCACCGACGUCGGCCACGCCAGCCCUUACCAUGGCUCCGCAUCCGCAUCCGCUCUGCCUGCCUCGCUCUCCAACUCGCGCGCACAGUCUGUCGUCGGCUCGGACGAGUUCGGCUACCCCGCCUCCUCGGCACUCCAUGCAGGUCCCUCCAACCUCGGCCUCGUCUCGGUCCAUGGCGAUGUUCCGACAGCCGAGGCUCAGACCGAAGGCGCGGCGGACGAAGAGCCUGCCGAGGACGAACCGCUCUACGUCAACGCCAAGCAGUACCAGCGCAUCCUCAAGAGGAGAGCCACGCGUGCGCGCAUUGAGGAACAGAGGAAGAAGGAGUUCCUCGCACACAUGCACGCGCGCGAAAAGGCGGGCAAGGAAGACGGCCUCGACGAAGAGGGCAAGAAGCCCUACCUGCAUGAAAGCAGACACAGGCAUGCGGUCAGGAGGCCCCGUGGGCCCGGUGGCAGGUUCUUGACAAAGGCCGAAAUGGCUGCCGCUGCCACCUAG